UUUUUAUAAAUUUGGUAUAAUAUAAGGGACAAGAUCAAAGUCAAACUCAGUUUAAAUGUAACUCAUGCAGUGGGGAGUGUUAUUACUUAACAUAAAAAAUAUUGUUCGUUGACUUUUUCAAGAUUAAAAACAUGGACUUCAAACGACAAUUUAUUUUGUUUGAAAUAAUCUUUUACUAUUUAAUUUGUGAUUGUUUUGCUUCUCAUCAAUAUACAAAUAAAUGGAUAGUACAUGUACCUUUUGGGGAAGAAUCAGCUAAAUUAAUUGCACAAGAAUUUGAAAUGGAAUAUAUAGGACCUGUUACUAAAAAAGAUCAUAUUUUUGCUUUCGUGAAACAAAAUGGUCAUGCAAAUACACCUGAAAAAAACGAAGAAAUAACGAAUUCUUUAAAAGAGCAUUCAGAUAUUUCGUGGGCAUUACAAGAGCAUUUUAAAACAAGAGAUACGCGCAGUUUAUUUAAAAGUUCAAAACCGAGAAGAACUUUACAAAGACAAAGUUCAUACAGAAAUGCUUUUAACGAUGAGUAUUGGGAAGAUUUGUGGUACUUACAAGAUUAUCGAACGGACAGUUCACAACCUGUACGUGAUAUGAAUGUAGUGCCUGUGUUUUUUGAAUUAAAUAUUACUGGUGCCGGUGUUAACAUUACUGUUCCCGAUGAUGGAUUACAAUACGAUCAUCCAGAUAUAGCUCCACAAUUUAAUCCAGAUUUAAGUUGGAAUUACAUAACGGAUUCUAGUGAUAUUUUGCCUCGCGUUGAUAAAGAUGGAAUUAUUAGAGCACAUGGUACAAAAUGCGCCGGAGAAAUAAUAAUGCAGCCCAAUAAUAAUAUUUGUGGCGUAGGAAUAGCUUAUGGAGCUAGUCUUGGAGGUGUUAAAUUUUUAGACAAUACCCUUACAGAUAUAAGAGAAGGCAGUGUUCUUCAACAUGCUCUGAAGUGGGUAGAUAUUUAUAGUAAUUCUUGGGGACCUUCAGAUUCAGGCGAUUACUUGGAACAUUUAAGUGAUUAUUCUAAAAUUUCACUUUCUAAAGGAAUACAUCAGGGUAGAAAUGGGAAAGGGGCUAUAUAUGUAUUUGCAGCUGGUAAUGGUAAAAUGGAAGAAGACAAUUGUGGAGCGGAUGGUUAUGUAAAUUCUAUAUAUACUAUUAUUGUUGCAAGUUGUGAUGAUAAAGGCCGUGUCGCUCAUUAUUCAGAGAGAUGUCCAUCUGUGAUGGUUACAGCUUAUAGUGGAGCUGGAAAUUCUAAAAAUAUUGUGACUACUGAUGUAAGAGGUGGGUGUACUACGAAACAUACUGGAACUUCAGCUGCUGCACCGUUAAUAUCUGGUAUAAUAGCUCUGGCUUUAUCAGCUAACCCUUCGUUGACAUGGAGAGAUGUACAGCAUUUAAUUGUCUGGACAUCGCAAGUUGCUCCACUAGCUAAUAACUUAGGGUGGACCAGAAAUCAAGCUGGUUUUUAUUAUUCAAACGAUUUUGGAUUUGGAUUAGCUAAUGCCUAUCAGUUAGUUAAGCAAGCUCAAAACUGGAAAAAUGUACCCAAAAUGGCUUCAUGUGCUGUUCGUAUGCCUACCAUUAAAAGUCUGGUAUUGGAAAGAUAUAAAAGUGCCCGGAUUAUAGUAUAUGUUGAUGGUUGUAGAGAUAUGCCUGGUGAAAUCAACUAUUUAGAACAAGUACAACUAGUACUGACUGUAACUUAUCCCAAACGAGGGGACAUACAAGUAGCAAUUAGAUCACCCCAAGGAACUACGAGCCAGCUUUUAGAAAAACGAGGCAAAGAUAGGAAUGUACAGGGAUUACGAAAAUGGACUUUAACUACACUAGCUUUUUGGGGUGAAUCACCUAAAGGAUACUUUUACAUUGAUGUUUUUGAUAAGUCGGGCGUGUCAACUAACAAAGGAAGAAUAAAAGAAAUUAAUUUAGCUCUACACGGAACAAAAGAAGCACCUAGCCAUUAUUCGAAUGGUUACCGUUCUUACGAUGCAUUUGAAUUAUUGAAAUCUAACGAUGAAUCAAGAUUUGUUAAUGCAAAGAAAAAAAUUGAAUAAUUGAAGAUGAUAACAGCUUUUCUGGAUGGAAAAAUACUUAUGAAAUGUUAUGCGAAAAUUAUAAUUAUAUAUCGUUAAAAUGCAAUAUAAUAUUUUCUCAGUAUCAUUAAUAAUCUCGUUUUGAUAAAUUAACGUGCAUUAUUGAAUAACUGUGUAUUGAAUUUUUAAAUAUAAUAGUGUUUAUUAAACAAA